CAUCUGUGCAGUGAGGAUGUUGCGCCGGCCGCUACCGUGAGUACACAUGCUGCUGACGGGGCCCACAGAGGACGCAAUGGAGGUCCUGCGACAGAGCGGACAGCACGCGGGCAAGAUGAGCGCCGGGAGCGGGUCUGGCGUGGCGGCAGCUGCAGCGGCGGCAGCGGCGACGAGCGCGGGCGGCGCCAGCAGUCACAGCGCGGCGGGGGCGGGCGCCAGCGCCGCGGUGCCCAGCCAGCAGAGCCAGGGCCUGGCCGCGCUGCUCGUCAUGGUGGCCGUGCUGUGCUUCAUCGUGGCCUACUGCUGCUGGGGCGCGCCCUGCUGCCGCGCCUUCUGCCGCCGCCGCUGCGCCGCCGCCUGCUGUGCCUGCUGCGGCUGCCGCGCAGACCUCGAGGCCGCCUCGCCCUCGGACCUCGCGCUCAGCGUCGACCAGGGGAUGGUCGCCACGCCCACCAUCAUUCUGCUGCCCUACGGGCGCAUGCUCGUCGUCGACGGGUCAGUCUUCGCCCAGCUCCAGGCCGACACGAGCGGCCUGGACCUGAUAGAGCUGGGCGAGAACGUGGUGCGCGCGCAGCAGCGGCAGCAGCACCCGCCGCGCACGCCGUCCAGCCUGGCGGCGAGCAGCACGCCCAGCGUGCUCGAGGUCGACACAGAGACGCUCAGCAAGGACGGCGCCGGCUCGCCCACCAUCUCGCUGCACCCGCCCCCCACCUACGAGUCCAUCUUUGGCUGCUUCGACAUGGCGGACCUGCCACCCUCUUACGACGAGAUCCUCCGCCAGAUCGAGAUGCGCGAGUUUCGCGUCGCCAGCAGAGGCGGCGGCAGCGACGGCGGGGGCGACACCGGUGGCGGCGGCGAGGAGGAGUGCCUGGCACCUAACGGCCCCCCGCCGGAGGCGGACAACCGCCAGUCGGAGGCGCAGCCGCUCACUGCGACGAUAGCGGAGGCGGAGGAAGAUUACGAACCGGGCGACAUAAGAGAGAGCAGGGUGUAGCGCGCGAGCUCCCGCCGCCCGAGACAGUUUCUUGAGGCACCGACAGGUGUCUGCGGGAUUUUAAGGACGUUUCCAGUUGACGCAUAUCCGUUUAUCGCAUUUUGUGCAGACAAUAUUGUAGAAUGGUAGCCGAACGUAUAUUUUGUAUUUAUUGAGACCACGCUUCGACGGUUACUUCAGGUCUGCAUCCGCAGCUUUCUCGCUCAUAAUGUUGUCUUACCUUUAUUUUCGGCGCCUCGACGGUUCUUUGCGUUUCGUAAGAGACGACAGAAAACAGUGGCGGAAUAUCGGACUGUAACAAUCUCUGAGAAAAUAGAGUACAACGAUCGCGCAAACAGUCUCAGAUAGUACAGUAGUUUGUAGCUUACAUAAACGCUCAACAACGAACGUGAUGUUCGCAAAAUCGUACAAUAUUUUCCAUACGUAGGAAGAUUUUUUUAUUAUGUACUGAAUACACAAAACAUUUCACAAGUUUCAGUGUUUAAAAUAAAAUCCUCUCAAUGGGUUUAUCAAUAUUGUACAAAAUAAUUAUGAAUUGCGAAGUAGAGAGAUGGAUUACAUAAAACAUGAAUUUAUUCGUAAGUUUCUAAUUACUAAUUAAGAACGUUGGGUCUCUUUUUAUUUUCAGUCGCGUUUGUUCCGAUCCAAACUUGAGCAGAAAUGACUUAUUUCUUAAUGAAAUAUUAAGACUUGCAAAACCGUGAGAGCGAGUGUACACAGAUUAUUAUUUAAAUUUCGACAAAAGUUUUUGUCGCUCUCGCUUUGCCGUUUUACUUCUCCGGUACAAUUUCUGAUAUUCAAACAUACAUUGCAGUCAUUAAACUGUAAUUACUCUAACAUUUGUCCAAAUUCUAAAUGUCGGAAGAUAUCUUUUGUCUUCUAUGAAUUGAUUGUACAGCACUUAGAUAAGACGAUCGCUUGAAGAUUCAAGCAUACUGUAAGCUUUUGCAAUUUCUCUGUAAAAACUUUUGUUUUUCAUUGUCCGAUAAAAUAUCAUGCUGAAACACUCAUUGUAAAUUUAAACAAAAAAUGGAAUUUUCAAACAAAUUAUAUGAUAAUCUAGAUAAUAUGGCACUUAAACGAAUAAAAAUCUA